AUUCCAUUUGUUUCGUGAAGUGGGAAAUUCGGUCCUAACUAUUGUUGAGCUUUCCACUCUGUUGGUGAAAAUUGAGGCGAUACUCAAUUCGAGACCGUUGUAUGCGCUCUCUUCAUCUCCUGAUGACUACGAGGCGCUGACUCCCGGACAUAUCCUUGUUCAUCGCCCUCUGUUGGCGGUUCCUGAAAUUGACAUGAGUGAUGUCAACGAGCACAGACUGUCUCGUUGGGAAAAGGUUAAUCGCUUCACUCAGAGAUUGUGGAAGAGGUGGGAGAGUGAAUACCUCCACACUCUUCAACAGAAGAAUAAGUGGUUUGAGAGUGACACAAACCUUCAGGUAGGGCAGUUAGUAUGGAUUAAAGAGGACAAUUCAUCACCCUUAUCAUACCCGUUAGGUAGAGUCACCCAAAUCAUAAGUGAUGCUAAGGGUGUUGUGCGCUCAGCUCACGUGAAAACUAACUCUGGUGAGUAUGUUAGGCCAGUUAGGAAACUUGCCCCCAUACUUCCCUAUUAGUUCAACCCUCACCCCAAGUUUUCCGUUUUCCUUUCCUAUUCCUUCUCCUUUCGUUUUUCCUUUUCUACCGUUCAGUGCAUGUUGUUUUGUUUUUCUUUUACUUUUAAAUUUUAGUUUUUUUUUGAGUUUAUGUUCUUGGAAAUGGGGCAUUCCAAGGCGGGCGGAGAUGGUGGAUUCACGGAUCGGCAGCCUUGAUUGUGGGCUGAUUAGUUUGCGCUUUCCUCUCCUUCCCCCUCUCCCAAAGAGGCAAGAUAACCUCUCUCCCUCACCCCUCCUUCAUCCUCCCCGUUUAUCUUUCUAACCACCACUUCAAGAAUAGUGCUCGAGAAGUCAGCAUCGUUUUUCGUUUUCAUUCCGUGGCGUUCGAGCUUGAACGCAAUUAAUUACCUCGUUUCGUUUCAUGAUAUAUGUGCAAUAUCAUAUAGGCCUACGCAUAAAGACAGGAUAUCGUCAGCAGUAACUUCUACACACGAGAUACAGUCCACUUCCUCGCCAGUUCCAAGGUUAGUGCAAAUUAAAGACUUACUUUUGGGGUUGUCGACGUUUUCGUGAAUUAAAUCUUAACUGUACCCCAAUCCAUAGGUUUGGAGACAGGACGGGGUUACCAUCUGUAAUGAAAAUUAUAAACAAUGUAUCCAAAGUUCUAAUGUAGCUCUCAUUCAAUUAGCAAUCAUGGUAUUUGAAGAUAAUCAAAUUGUAAAGAAGCAUUACGUGAAGCGAGCUGAAAUUCUGAGUAAUUUGAAUCUAUUUCGAGACAGUGUAACAACAUAUGAAACUAAUCUGAAAACUUUAAAUGCUGAGUGUAACGUUAGUCACCUAAGUGAAUAUUUAUUUGAAAACCAGCCAAGCAUAAUAAGAAAAAUCCGUUGCAAUUGUGGGCUUCAAAGUGAAAGAAAAUGUGUCAUAGUUAACGUGAAUGUGGAUAAGCUGUUAGAUGAGGGGUUAGCUUCUAUGGAAGAGACAAUACUUGACGCGGAUCCAUUGGUACGUCGUCGGUGUUCAUCAUGUGGAGAUUUUGUUGCAGAAGAACAAGUGGAGUAUGGUCCGCACUUGCUCAUAGACUUAUCAAUUUUCACGGAUGAGAACUACCUAAAAGGCAGGAGCAUCACUCUUCCAUCCCUUGAUGAAAUAGCGCCGUCUGUGAAAUUGGGAGGGAAAAUGUAUAUGAUGGCAGGGGCUGUACAUUGGGCACAAAGACAUUAUACGGCAUACGUCAAAACGGGAACGUUCUGGCAUCUGUAUGAUGAUCUCCAAAAGAAGAGAAAGUUGGUCAAGCAUGACCAGAAGAUUCAACCACACCUACUCGUCUACAUAAUCAGAAAGUGAGGGAACCUUGCAACCUUGAUGGUAACCAGAAGAGGGUAACCAAACUACUUCGAAGAAGCCUUAUAGAUGCACCACUGAAGUCACAUCACUUCAUUCUCCACUCAUACGUGAAUAAAUUCAUCAGGUUUUUCACUAUCUUAUAAAAUCGAUACAUUAUAGGAAGAAUAUGUCUCCAAAAUUUUUGCUGUUUCAGUUAUUAUUAUAAUCAAUAUUGUAUGUAGUUGUGGUUGAUCAUGUAUAAGCUAGUACAACGUAAUGUUAUUAUUGUAAGCUAGUCUGCUGUGUUUUUUAAAGAAAUUUUAGAAAUAGUUGACAUGAUAGGCAUAGAAAAAAUUAUCUAAAAUUAACCAUUAAUUAUAAAAUAUAGUUUUUGGGUAUGUAUAUGUGUUACAUAUAUUUUUCUUCAUUGAUGUCAGUCUAUAGUUUUAUUUGUACAAAAAGGGAAUAAUGGAAUCGUAUAUUGUUCUUCAAUAGUUUUAUAAUGGAUAGUGUAGUUUCUUUUAAUAGUAGAUGUAGGCAACUUCUUACCACAUCAUUGUUUCAAUAAUCAUAGUAUGACUCAAUUCUAUAUAGUUAGGUGUAUAUAUUGCCGCCAUAUCGCUGUUACUAUCAUGACCUGAACAGAAGGUUUUUAGCAUAUUGAAUGAAUUACCAUACCAUGAGAGAAUUAUUCAUGGUAUCAUGAUUGCAUGGCUCCUGCCAUUUUAGAUAUAGGAGUAAUUCCUAUCUCUAAAAUGGAAUUGUAGAGAUAAAAUGGUCACAAUGAUACGUGCAGCUGACCUUGAGGUCUCCCAUACUAAAUUGAGUAGCACGUACAAUAGCCACCCAUCUGCAGACAUUCGGAUCUUCAAUAAGUUGCUUAAAGUCUGUGAGAUAUUACUUUUAACACGGCUCUUUCUCGAAGACGGAGAGGUCUGAUGCUCUAUCCUUCAGCAAUCACUCCCGCGCCAACACUCCCCUUCAGCUAUUGUCUGGAAUUGUUCAAAAUUGUUACAGCAAUUUAUGCAAUUCAAUACAUUCCAGGUACAGAGUCAAAAUGUUCAUUCUCAAAAUUAUUGUAAUGCUGUAUUGAUAGGGAUCAACGCUAUUUCCCCAUUGAGUUGUGAUUAUUGGACUAUAGUAACCAAUGAUUGGUUGUCUUAACUUAUUGGAAUGAUUUACCAAGCCAUGAGAGAAAAUAUUCUAAUAAAAAGAGGAUAUUCCCUGCAUAUUUAGAAAUAGGAAAUUACUCAAUCUCUCCCUCCAAACAUUAUAAUGUUCUUUUCAUUCUGAGAAUCAAUUUUAUGUUAUUGUGAUUAUUUGACUUUUAUCGAGUUGGUUCAGUUUCUUUAGCAUAUAAACUGAUCAAGCCAUGAGAGGAAAUUUCCCUUAUGUGAAUAGGAUAGUACCUGAAAUAUUAGAAAUAUGCUAUUGCUCUGUGUCCACAUUAUGAAUGUGUAAUCAUAAUUUCAUUAUGAUGAAAAUAAUCGUCGGGAAAUAGUUUAAUUCACGAAGUUGGGUAGCAUUCCAUAAAAAGUGUUCCACAAAAGGUCUAACAACUGAAGACCAGAGAUUCUACAUAGAAUUUGCAACGAGAAAUGUCCAGUAAAAUUUUCUUAUAUCAACCUCAGUUUUCUAAAAUGAAUUUAGUAUAAUAUGUAUCUUAUUGGGAAUUUCCUCCUCUUUUCAACCUUGGGGAUUUGACUUAUAGUAAAAAAGGAAUUGCCAUUAUUCCAAAAAAUUGAAAAAUCCAUAUAGGCCUACCUAGAAAACUAAAGCCGAUAAUAUGACGAAGCUCAACUGGACUUUCUUUGUAUUGAAAUACCACAAUCUAUGGUCUUCAUCUGUUGAAACUUCCCUGUAUAAACACACUCUAUGAUGAUUUUGAAAUUAAAUCAUAAUUUUGAAUACUGUGUUCUUCUGGUGGAAACAUGACAGUAGAUGGAGGAAAAAUUAUAUUUAUCAUGAAGAUUAAUGUUGACAGUAAUAAUCAUUAUACUAUUAUAACCAAGAAUUGAGUUUAUUAAGCAAAUAUGGAUUGUAUUUUCAAAUCAUGUGAGACAAUAUUUUUAAGUGGAUAAGAUAGUUCUAGAAAUUUAAGAAAUAGUAUGCAAUUUCUCUGUCUUUACACUUGUGUUCUGUUCACUAUGAAGAUCAAUGGAUGGACUAUUAUAGCUAACGAUUAAGUUCCUUCAGCAUAUGAAAUGAUGAACUACCAAGCCAUAAGACUGAAUAUUUCCAUGUGAACAGGAUAGUUCUUGCAAUUUCAGAAAUGCACAGUUCCUCUCUCACUCUCUCUCCCCACAUUAUACUGUUCUAUUUAUUAUGGUGCUCAAUAGUAUGAAGUUGUGAUUAUUAAUAUUUAUCAUGAACAUGGAUUUCACCAAAAUAUGGAACGGAUCACCAAGCUAUGAGAGAAAAUAUUAUCUGUGAUUAGGAUAGUCCCUGCAAUUGUAGAAGUAAGCAAUUUAUCUCGUCAUUAUAAAUUAUGUCUAUCAAAUAUAACUGUUAUAUUUAGUAUCAUGUUGUAAAGAGCUCUAAUAUUUUCAUAUUGCUGCUUAUUUUCAAUAAUGGGUUUAAUAUUUUCAAUAAUAGCAGCUUCCAAAAAGCUGCUAAUUUACAAUAAUCAUAUUAUUGAAAUAAUAUUUCAGUAUUUGUUUUAAUUUCAUCAUAGCUUUUUCACAUCAGCAUAUAUAAUUCGUUUAAUUUCCAUGAAAUACUUUCAAAUAUAAUCAUUUGUUUUACUUUUGUUUUUAUUUGUUUGAAUUAUCACUAUGUAAUAAAAUUGGUAGGCUUUUAUUUGAAAGAAAAUAAUUCCAAAUCACAUGUAAAUAAUCUUAUUAACUUUGGUACUUGUUGACCAAACAAUAAUUAUCACUGUGACUUGCGGUGUGCAAUGUAUAUAUUCUCUAUAUCUUCUGUAGACGUUUCCUUCUCUGGGAAGGACGAACACAAUAUAACGAUGAAUGUCAUAGCGUGAUUUCCAUCAUAUAGUACUGUCAUGUGAGACUAUCUAUAAAGGGUUAGAUGUGAAAUGUUUUAUAAUGAUGAUGUAAUUUUUUAGUAGAAUUUUCAAAAAUGUAUUGCAGAUUAAGCAUUAUGAACGACUGAUCUAAGUGUCAAAGAAGUUGAAUAAAAAUCAUGAAAUAUUA